AUGGAAACUCAAUCAGGAAAUGGAGAGGGGGUGUUGAGCCCAGUGUCCUCAGGCAUCCACUCCCAAGGCCAACGUGGGGCACAGGUAGAGAAACCAGAAGAUCCGGUGCUCAAGGAGGACCUGCAAGCUGCUAAAAGGAUUGAGAGGUUUGACAUUCCGCUUGACAGUCUGAAGAGGAUGUUUGAGAAGUCAACUGAAACGGCCAAUGUCCACGCGUCACCAUCCAAACGAGGGACAUCCAGAAGUAUUGCGCUGCCCGAUCAACCACGAGAUAAGACAGUGGCCUUCAAUCUGGAUGACAGUUUCUCUGCUGAGCAACACGGGAGUCGGGCGCAGGACGCUGAUGACCGCGAGAGCAGCGAAUCUGUAUCACUGAAAGAGCGGCUGGCAAUGUACCAGGCUGCAGUUUCCCACAAAGAAAGUACCAGCUCCCCUUCUGCAACGGUUAUGGAGGAGUCAGAGGCCUGUUCACUACCUGGUGGCCUGGCCAGUGUAAAGAAACAGUUUGAAAACCAAGGCUUUACCUCCUCGUCUUCCCAGUCCAGCAGCACCCAGUACCAUUUUCAGCAGAGAACUGUGCAGGAGCUUUCCCGUUCCUCCGAGGUGACUGUGAGAAGCAAUGUCAGAGAAGUCACACCUUCCACAAGCAUCUUUCAAAAUCAGCAGGAGGUGUCGCAUUAUGACAGAGUCCACCAUAACAAUGUGGCCGCCAGUCAUGGAAGUGACUAUGAAACAGUUAUGCGCGCAGGAGGAGAGGACCUACAGAAGAUUUCCACUCAGGCUCUGAAGCAGCAGUAUGAAAAAACCAUUGAGGAAGCCACACCAGCCAGUGAAAUAAAGGUCAAUAUGGAUUUUAACCAGUUUCAAUGGACACCAGUAGGCCAACUGUCCAAAACGUCAACCGUGACCAGCCACAAAAGUUCCUCUUCUGUAAAGAACAUGGGCUCAUCUACAGUGUCAUCAGUGGCUCAUGAAACAAGUGAAGAUUUUCCUCCUCCUCCUAUGAAUCUGCUGGACGUACCACAUGAAACGUCUGAGAGUGGCACCCAAUCUCACAAGCAAGUUGUGCAGAACAAAAGCAACGUUAGCAAAGAGCAGUACGUUAAAUACAAGAGCAUGGCUGAACUAAAGCGUCUCUACAAGCAUAUUCACCCAGAAGUCCGCAAGAACCUGGAAGAAGACUACCUAAGCCACCUUGCUGAGUCAGAACAGACACAGGAGGCAGUGGGGGAUGUCCAGCAGACAUGCUUUAUGUUUGAAAAUGAAGGCUCUAGUAGGAGUACGAGUCCUGAUCGCGAAUCUGUAGAGUGGGAUGAGAUUCUUCGAGGAGAAGUGCAAUCUAGGCGCUGGAUGUUUGAGAACAAGCCAUUGGACACGAUCAAAGAUGACACCCCUGAUGAGAAUGAGGUGAAGAAUAUUGCACAGCAAGAAAUUAUAGCUGGAAAGGAUGUCAAAUACACAGCAUGGAUGUUUGAGACUCAGCCCAUGGAUGCUCUGGGGAGUGAGACACUCACUUCUUCAGAGCAGAUGCAAAAGGUGUCCGAUCUCGCAAGAGGUGACGUUCGUACCGCUACAUGGCUCUUUGAGACGCAGCCGCUGGACUACCUGAAUAAGAUCUAUCAAGAAGAUGAACAGGACGCCGCUGUCUCAAAAGAUAUCACUGGAGGAGAUGUGAAAACUGCCAGGUAUCUCUUUGAGACUCAGCAUCUAGAUUCACUCGGGAAAACGGAAACCUUUGAGGAGAGCAAUUUUCUGAGCCUCAAGUCUGAGCUGGAGGAGGUUAAAGGGGAUGUCAAGACGACCACUCGCAGGUUUGAGACUCUGCCGAUGUGUGUCAUCAGAGGAGACUCGGGGGAGAUGCUGGAAAUCACAACCAUUCGCAGGGAGGAGACCGAGAAAGGAGAUGUAAAGACGUCACGCUGGAUGUUUGAAACCCAACCCCUUGAUAUGAUCAACAAAGAUCUUGCUCAAGUGAAGCUUAUAUGCGGUAUUUCCAUGAAGGACAACAUUCAAGGCGGGGUCAACAAAGGUAGAUGGCUUUUCGAGACAAAGACUCUGGACACCAUUAAGGAUGAAGAAUGGGAGGCCGUUGCGAAGAAAAAGGAAGAGAUCAUUGGAGCUGAUGUUAGGAAACACUGCCUGGUUUUUGAGACUCAGCCUAUGGAUACCCUGAAAGAUAACGCUAACGCUCGAAAUUUGCCCUUGGAGGAGAUUCUCGGAGGUGAUGUGCAGUCAGCAAGGCACCUGUUUGAAACCGUACCCAUGGAAAAUCUGAAGGAGCUAAACGAGGUGGGUAAACUUAAGAAAAUGGCGGCAAGCGAAGAGGAAAAGGGCGACGUGAGGCAUCAAAAGUGGGUUUUUGAAAGCCAACCUUUGGCCAGUAUAAGAGAAGAGAAGAAAGAAAUGACAAGAACUGUAAAUAUCGACGCUCAAGAUAAAGGCGAUGUGACGAACUGCAAGGUCAAGUUUGAAAGUAUGGAUUUAAGUAAAUGUGAAGGAGCACAGAAAAUUCUAAUUGAGGGUGUCACAAGUGGAUCCGUGGAAUCCAACCGAGUUCUUUUCGAAUCGACACCUUUGUAUGCGAUGCAAGACAGCUCCGGUCAUUACCACGAGGUGAGGACAGUAAGGCGAGAGGAGAUCGUUAAGGGAGACGUGCGUAGUUGUCGAUGGAUGUUUGAAACACGCCCUAUUGAUGAGUUUGAUGACAGCCUUCAAAAGUUUCAGCUCAUUAAAGGAAUAUCGAAACAAGAAAUCGAGUCAGGUGACGUCAAGACGGCCAAGUGGCUGUUUGAAACGCAGCAGCUCGAUGCCAUUAAAAAUGUUGAUACUGAAGAAACGGAGACUAAAGAAGAGGCUAAAAUUGAAAGAGGCGACGUUAAGACGUGCAGAUGGCUAUUUGAAACGCAACCAAUGGAUGUCCUGUAUGAGAAGGUUGAGAAGAGUGAGACAAAUCUACAGGAGGUGCAGAAAGGUGACGUCAAAACAUGCACUUGGCUCUUUGAAACGCAGAGUCUUGACAACAUACGUGACCAUACAGAAUCCGAGUCAGAGACCAUUUUAAAAACCUGCACUGUGAAACAAGAAGACAUCCAAGGGAAAGACGUGCGGCUGGCCCGCUUUCUUUUUGAAACGGAAAACCUUGAAAACCUGACUGGCGAGGACAGCGGUUCUUUCAGAAGGGUCACAGAAAUUGACAUCCAGUCAGGCGACGUUUCGAGAAUGAAGUACAUUUUCGAGAACCGCUCAUCAGACAUUAUGAGUUCCACCUCGGAGGAAACAAUGCAGCUGUUGAAGACGCAACAAGCUGAGGACAUCCAGAAGGGGAAUGUGGUCAAUUGCACCUGGAUGUUUGAGAACAACCCAAUCGAUUCUAUCCACGAUGAAUCCAAAGAGGAUCGAGAUAUGCGAACGGUGACCGACGUUCAAGGGGGUGAUGUUCACAAAGGCCGUUUCACUUUCGAGACGUUCUCCCUGGAUCAAAUUAAAGACGAUUCAACCGAGUCUGAUAUUUCAAAACUCACAAGCAUCUGCCGAAAUGAUUUAGAGAAAGGGGAUGUCAAAAACUACACCAUGAUGUUCGAAACCCAACCUCUGUAUGCGAUCCGUGACAAGGAAGGCCAUUACCAUGAAGUUACCACGGUCACUAAGGAAGAGAUCAUGAGAGGAGACGUUGUGGGUGCCAGGUGGCUAUUCGAGACCAAACCUCUAGAUUCCAUUAGGGACUCGGAGGAGGUAUACGUCAUCAAAGCUGUGACUGAAGAGGGCGUCAACAAAGGAGACGUCAGCUCUGCGAGAUGGAGGUUUGAAACGCAACCUCUGGAUGAAAUUACAGAGGAAAUAAAAGUCAUAUCCAAAACAGUAGCAGACAUCCAAGGCGGUGAUGUUAGGACGAACAAACAGAGAUUCGAGACUGAUGAAAUGUCCCAAAAAUAUAUCCGAACGGUCAGUGUGAGCGAAAUCCAAAAGGGGGACGUCAGAUCAGCCACGUGGAUGUUUGAAACCCACGCGAUUGAUGAGAUUGGUGGAAAAGGAGAAGAAUAUGAUGGUAUGGAGACAGUUACAAAGGAGGAAGUGAUGAAAGGAGAUGUCAAACAAUCUGUGUGGCUCUUUGAGAAGCAGCCGCUCGACAGCAUCAAAGAGACGGAUGACGCGGAGCUUGUGAUCGAAAGGGAAGAAAUCCCACAGGGCGAUGUAAAGACAACAACGUGGCUUUUUGAAACAACUCCUUUCCACGAAUUCAACGAGACCGCUGUGGAAAAAAGAGACAUCGUGGGUAAAAGCAUCAAAGAAACACUCGAGGAACUUUACUCUCAGAAAAUGGUCGACUCAAAAGGCAUCCUCAUUGAGGCGGAUGAGAUUGGCGACGUCCGCAUGGCCAAGUAUAAACUGAUGAACCAGGAGACGCCAGAAAUCCAAAGAGAGGAGAUUGUCCGCGGGGAUCUGGCCAACAUUAUGAUGAACCUCUUGAAUCGUAGGGAGAACGUUGAGAGGGGGAUAACUAUUGACACAGAAGAGCGGGGAAAUAUCAACACCACCGUCGAGCAACUGUUCAACCGAGAAACCGGCAGCAGUGUUGAAAAAGAGGAAAUCCUCCGUGGGGACAUCCGGGAGGCUAUAAACAGCUUACUUAGGAAUGAGAGUUCUUCCAAACGUGGAAUUCUCAUUCAAGAAGAUGAAAAAGGAGAUGUGAGGAUGACAAUAUAUUCUUUGUUGAAUAAAGGAGAAAAGGCAAGCACAGAGAAAGAGGAUAUCGUUCAAGGGAACGUCAGCAAAACCCUUCACCGCCUUCUCUCCAAUUCCGGCACUGAGGAUGCUAAAAAAAUAAAGGUGGGCGACAUAGAAAGAGGAAAUGUCAGUUUUUACACCACAUGCAUCGAGUCCGGAGCUUUGGACUACCUGAAGCAACUUCAGCGUGAAACGGAUGAAACUGCUCAGCCAGUGGAAAAGGAGUGCAUUAUUGGCGGGGAUGUUGAGGAAACCAAAAUUUUGCUGAGGAAGAAUCAACAGGAGAUAGGUCGCACGGUGGCAAAAGAUGAUAUAGUUCCUGGUGAUGUGUGCAGCAUUGUUCAAGUCUUUAUGACGGAGCCCAAAGUGACUUACAGAAACCUGGAGAAACAGGACAUUGUGAAAGGUAAUCUUAACGCAGCCUUGGAUUCACUGAGCCAAGCCAUCAAUCAGAAGGCAACGAUAGAGAAAGAAGAGGUGGUGAAAGGAAACUUAUCCACCACCUUGAGAUCUCUUGAGGAGGCUCAGUAUCAACCAAAAGAAAUGGAAAAACCAGAAAUCAUUCCAGGAGACAUUAGAGGCGCUCUUGAGUCGCUCGAGAAGUCUGCAACAACGAAAAUGGAAGCCACUGUUGACGAUUUAGUGCCAGGCGAUAUUAAAGGAACUCUUAAGUCUCUGGAGGAGGCAAAACACGCCGUUAAGGAAGUUGUAAGAGAGGAGAUUGUUAAAGGUGACAUCCACGUCGCCAUGCAAAACCUACACGAGGCAUCUGCGGAGAGAAAGACGUAUCAGCAUCAAGUGAGCGAACAAGGGGAUAUUAAAGCAACUAUUCAGCUCCUUCUCGAGCCGACAACCAGCCCGAGAAUGCAGCGGCGGGGAAGCACGGAAGGAGAUGUUAAAACAUCAAUAAAGUCACUUUAUGAAGGACAGGAAACAACAUUUGUAGAAAAGGAGGAAGUAGUGAAAGGUGACGUGCAAGGGGCAAUAAAGUGCCUGAUGCAAAAAAAGCAAUAUUCAAAGCCGAAGCGCCUACACUCGAAAGCGAAGGCUCCGCAGAGAAGUUCAAUAACUGUAAAUCAAGUGACACUCGAGGAAAAACAGAAAAACAUAACAGGCGGCUCUGAGAUUGGGGAGAAAAAACUCUCACAAAGCUGCGAGUCGCAAAAGCACAAUGAAAGCAAAGUGGUGAAAACACAGGUAAUUACCAACGAGGCCUCUGUGACUGUUUCCAAAACAGACAGCGCCUCUGGGGCCUUUCAACAAAAGGGCAUAGCUGAAGAAAAGCCCAAAGUGCUACCCCCACAGAAAACACAAUCCCUUAAGCCCUUGAUGAUAAAGACUAAACAAACAUCUAAUUAUGAGCAAGAAAACGCAAAAACAGCAGACGCAAAUGCGAUUAAAGUGGUGCGCAAUGUGUUGCAGACAAAUAAUUCAAGCAGGCAAAAAUGCGACACGAAGACAGUCCAACAGGUACAGACGACCGUCGUCCAGCAAACAGUCUCUCAUCAACAAAAAGUCACAACAACUGAGCACGCAGCAAAGAAGGAAGAUAAAUCUUUAACGCAAAAGCAAAGCUUCAAAAACAUGAAGAGCGAGUCUCGUAAUCUUGACAUGAUGACCAGCAGGGGUAUGAUAAAAAAGGGUAAGCCAGAAAUUCACUUCCCUCCACCUCCCUCAUCACCACCGCCUCCCUCCGAAUCUGAGCUCUCCCUCCCUCCACCGCCGUCUCCUGUGCUAGAAAGCUCAACACCCAAUUUGUCCCGACCUCCCACUGCAAUGCAAGAAAGUGACCUUCCGCCACCACCAACACCACCGCCACUACAAUCAGAACCAGAUUUUUUUCCACCUCCUCCUCCACCGACCUCCUGCUCUGGACAAGAUUUCCUUCCUCCUCCCCCUUCACAGGAGGAACUUAAUGCCAUGCCUCUACCUCCUGCUGCAAAUCCAGGGAAACCCUUUGCAAGGAGUUUAUUUAAAUUCCCCAAACAACCAGAGGCACCAAAGCCUUCACCUGUCCAACCAAAAUGGCAAAAGAACAUGCAAACUCCAUUACAACGUCCCACUCAGCUCCACCUUGACAAAGAAAAAACAUCAGCAUCCCUCGCAGAGGUCAAAGUUCUGGAAACUAUUCAAUCAAACACAAACAUACCUACGCCUCCCACUAAACCAGUGCAGAAAACAAGCCCCCAGCCACCUAAAAAGAUAUUCCCUCCCCCCAUAAAGUUGCCCCAGCCCCCUGAACCAGCUCCUGCACCCAAGCCAAGGCCAUACGCCCGCAAAUUUAAAACUCCCUUAAUGCUUGCGGAGGAAAAAUACCGUCAGCAGAGAAUGGAGACCGAGGAAACGGCGAUAAGUUCAGUCACAACUCCUACCUCUCCUCCAGUGACUACAAAAGUCCCCCCCGGUGUGGACAGUCUGCAACUUUCCAUGUUAAAUCAGACUGAAAAAAGAGAGGCCACGGAAGUAGUGAAAGAAAAUGUACACGUUCCUAAAGAACCUUCAUUACAGCAUAAAAGCACCAAGAAAAUCCCAUCUCAGAUUCCUCUAAGCAAGCCCUUGAUCUCUGUGGCAAAUAAGAAAGUAACCCCAGGAGUUUCAGAUAACUCCCUGGACAACCAGCAACUUUCUAGCAAGAUCUCUUCGGGAAAAUUGCUCUCCUCAAAAGUCAGUGAAACAAAUCAAGCAACGCAAGCAGCGCAAUCAUUUUCUCUAUCCCAGUCCGAACACGCAACCUCUCAUGUCCAAGUCCAGUCAAGUGCGACUACUGUUACCCCUCCAGUCACUGAGAAGCAGCAGUUUAUUAAGACGACCAGGGCUAGUAAUACCGCUGUCACACAGAGUGGAUUAUAUCAGGAAAAUAUACACAUCCAAGGCCAGACUGUAGCCACCCUCAAAGCCGAGGAUGUGGAAAAUCUUAAUGACGAGGUGACAAAAGACGUGAAAACGCAAUCCUCUCAACCCACCAAAAUUCCCAAGGUAAUGCCAAGUUUCAAGGUGAGAACCUUUAAGAUGCCAGCUGAGAAAAAAGAAGAGAAACACAACAUGGAAAUGAAAAGUGAGACGCAGUUACAGCAGCAUGCGAGCAAUGUGUCACAGAGCAGCCAUGUGACAUCCUCAAUGAAAGAUGUUCAGAUCAAUGAGACAAAAAAUUUGGCGCCUGUGAAGUCUGCUGAAGUCGCGCAUUCAAUUGAAGCCAAACGCACGCAGCCCCCUGCAGUCACUCUUUUAACGUCUGAGAAGGGUAAAACGACAUCUGUGUCCCAGGUUCAGCAUAGCACAAGGACACAACAGGUCCAAAGACAACAGGAAACGGUUGUGACCGAAAGGGUUGUGACCGAAAGCUCUCAGAGAAAAGAAGCUGCUCAUAUGCCGCAAAUAAGACAAGAAGCUGCAGAACUACCCAAAACGCAAACAUCAGGAAAGUCCAAAAGUGACUUACUGAUCAAAACGACUCAGUCAGAGGAAAUGCCACCAUUAGAGAAAUGUCACGUAAUGGAGACUCUGCUCACGCAGAUGAAAGUUUUGGAGGGCACACCAAACAAAAUCGACCCCGCCACUGUCAGUAUGAUCAUCAGUGAUCUUCCUGACUGGCUGCUUGGUUCAAAUGAGAGAAAAAAUUUAUGUGGAAUUGCUAAGCAGUCAAACAAGAAAAAGUUGAAAGAAAUGCUGUCUUAUUUGAAGAAUAUUACUCAAGUUAAGCACACAAAUCUAGAAGCGACACUGACAUCUGCAGAAAUGAAAGAGUUCCCUCCCCCGCCACCCCCAGUGGCUCCGAAACCAGAUCAGAAGGUCUUGAGCGGUAUGACUGCCAAGUUAUCAAAAAUCAGCAUUGGUUCAUCUAAAACUGAAAAGAAGAUGUCUGAAGAAAGAAAGUCACUGCACGAGGGCAGAGUACAGCAUGAGCUGAGCGAGACAGCAGAUCAGAGAGUCCACUCCCCGCUAGCAAGCAUCCGCACUCCUUCCCCCACCUUCAUUAGCAUUGAGUCCAGAAGGAUAGAGUCACCACUCAGAGGUACCCCAUCACCUCCGCCCUACAGAUCUUUCGGGACCCCUCCGCCUCCAGCUCGUAAGCAGUACACCGCCACAUCCUCUUUCCGAGCCACGCCGUCUCCCACCAUGAGCCGCUCUGAGAAGACGAUGCAAUUGAAAGACACAAGUCUAAAGCCUUCUUGCAGCCCCACACCCACUCCUCCCUUACUUGUGGACGUGGGAGAGCGAUCGUCUCCGGUCAGGCAGACCACUCCCACAUUAAAAAAUGACCAGGUACACGUGUCAGAAAUGGGUGACUCCAUGAUGACAGUCAAAGAUAAAAAGAGCUUCUUCGAGGACGCGCAAAAAUCAGAAGCAAACAAGUCAUACCUACGGAAGGAUCCGAUUGAUAUACCUGAACGUCUUGAAGCAGAUUUUGAGGAGGGUGCUCAGGUUUUGACAGCAGACAUCCUAAAAGAGGACCUCCCCAGGGUGGACAUGACAAAGCUGGUCAAUAAAUUCGAGUCUCCAAAAACAACGGUUUACUCCAGGAAAGAGCCCAUUGUGAUUACGGAAAGGCUCGGGAGCGACUCCGAGGACGUGGAGGCCGAACCGCGCACCCCGCGAACAGAGGAAAUGUCGACAUACAACAUCAAAGCAAUAAAGAAUGUGUUUGAAAGUGGCGAGCACAGUUCUCAGGCAGCGCGAGACCUCCGGGAACAAAUUGAAAAGAGAGAAGCAGACUUUUCCCACGCUAAGCCAGCGGAGCAGUCCGAAGCAUCCUCGUUUUCUGAGCAAUUCUGUAGUAUCGACGACUUUGGCAACUUGAGGAGUGAGGUACAUUCUGGAAGCUCUGUGAGCUCUGUGACCCGUGGCAACCCUCCGUCCUACGCCGACGUGGUGCGAGGCAGAGUUCCAACAGUUGCCGUGCCCUCCGAAGAACUACUGAGAAAUUUCCAGCAGUCUUGGGCUGAGAGCCAAGGAAGCUUCCAGAAUGUGGGCUUCAGUGUCACGGAGCAGAGAAGCUCACAGAUUGUCACACGUCAGCAGGAGACUGUCGUGAUGGAAGAUUCAAGUUCCGGAUUCCGAACUGUGCAGGGUGUGUCGGAAGAGGGUGUACCCUAUGGAAUCUCUAAUAGCAGACAAGCAAAACUUCCAUAA